UUCAGAGAUUUUUUUCUUUAUAUUUUUGUGGAAUUUAGACUACAUUGGUUGCACAAGUAAACGAAAAUAUUUUAAACAGGUUUCCCCUGCACUGUUAAUUAGCGGUUACUUAAACUUUGGAACCCAACUGGGUGUCGUCUUUUGUAACGUUGAUCUUCAGUGUAGACGACUUUUUAGCUGCUAGUAUACAUUUAUACAGUUAGCUGUCAAUAAGUUAUUUUGUGACCUGACUUGGUGUCAUGUGGGGAUUUUGAAGUCUUAUUAUUUCCAAAGAAAUGGCCAAUAUUCAACUGUCUGUCAACCCCUCAGCGAAAGCAGCAAUUUUUGAAGCUCUGCAAGCUGGUGUCAGUGAAAAUACAGCCUUGAUUAAGGAAGCAGAAAUUUAUUUAAAGACAGUGGAAAGUACACCAGUUUUCCACCUGACAUUAAUUGAAAUAAUCACAAAUACCUCAAUUGAUGUGAAAGUGCGGUGGCUGGCCUCAGUAUACUUCAAAAAUGGAAUUGACAGAUAUUGGCGCAAAAAUACAUCCAAUUCAAUUCCAGAAGGCGAAAAAGCAAUUUUACGACAAAAGUUGAUUAGUCACAUAAAUGAGCCUGUUCUGCAAGUUGCUACACAGCUAGCUAUUAUCAUUUCUAAGAUUGCAAGAUAUGACUAUCCAAAAGAAUGGCCAGAAUUGCUGCCUUCUCUCUUGCAUCUUGUGAGGACUGAAGAUGACUUGGUUCAGCAAAGAGCCUUGCUUUAUUUGCAUCAUGUGACAAAAUCUCUUGCCUCAAAAAGGCUGGCAGGAGAUCGCCGCGCUUUCCAGGAUCUGAGCUCGGAAAUGUACAGUUACGUUUAUGCCCUUUAUAGUCAUAUCAACCAAACGCUUUUGCAACAAAUGGAAACUAGUAACGCUGAUAUUGUUGGAGCUACGAUGGAGAAAGCGCUGCUAUGUUUACGUGUCAUGCGCAAGUUGACUGUUCAUGGUUUUAAGACGCCUCAUCAAACCAAUACAGUUAUGGAAUUCGUUCAGGCUUCGUAUGAGCGUAUAAAAAACCUUCUCCAAUACCGUCAAAUGAUCCUGUCCAACGACAGUCUGUUGGCGUUGUGUGAAAAAUAUCUGGUUGUUCAUUGCAAGGUUCUCAGAGAUCUUCUGGACUUCCAUCCGUUCUCAUUUGUACCGUUUAUACGCAUGACUGUCGAAUUUGUCCUUCACUAUUUGUUCAAGCCAGAGAACCAAGUUCUACUGUUUGAUUCGUUUGUAGUCCAGUCUUUAAACCUAGUGAAGGGCAUUGUACUCUGUGCCGAAUAUAGACCAGCGAAGGUUAUCGAAGAUACUAAGGAACCUGCCACUCUUGAAGCCUACCGUAUCAAGUCAGAAGUUCUUACGCCCGACUCACUCUCUUUGAUGUGUCGACAAUUGAUCGAAAACUAUCUACUGCUCUCGCAGGAAGAUCUUCAUCUGUGGGAAACCAAUCCGGAGGAAUUUGCUGCGGAAGAAGGUGGUGAAGCUUGGAAAUACAGUCUUAGGCCUUGUACAGGAUGUUUAUUUUUGAGUCUUUUCCACGAAUAUCAAUCUAUUCUGAGUCCAGUGUUGAUCUCCAUGCUCAACGAAAGUAUGGGAUUGAUUCCACCGAACGACAUGAGUCGUAUAAUAAAGAAGGAUGCGCUUUACAAUGCUAUCGGGCUUGCAGCCUUUGAAUUAUUCGAUGAGGUGGAUUUCGAUCGAUGGUUUAGUCAGGUACUGUUGCAAGAACUUCGAGUGAAAGAAAGCAACUACCGCAUUCUACGACGAAGAGUAGUGUGGCUUUUGGGCCGAUGGAUAGGAGUCAAACUAUCCGUUGACCUCCGACCUUUGAUUUAUGAAACGGUCCUAGGUUUAAUGGAACCCGGAGAAGAUCUUGUCAUUCGACUUUCUUCCGCAGUGACAUUACGGUCGGCAUUGGAUGAUUUCGAAUUUAACGCAGAACAGUUUCUUCCCUAUCUCGAGCGAUCUUUUUCUCUACUGUUCACUCUGUUGAAAGAAACAGAAGAAUGUGAAACAAAAAUGAAUGUGUUAAACGUGAUGUCGCUUCUCAUCGAAUUACUUGGGAACCAAAUGAAGCCUUUUCUAGGUACAUUGCUACAGCUUCUUCCUGCUCUGUGGGAUGCUUCCGACGAGCACAAUCUGUUACGAUGUGCAAUUAUUAGCACUCUCGUGCAUGUUGUUAAGGGCGUUGGAAGUAAUACAGAAGAUCUGCUUCAUUGCCUGCUACCAGUUGUUGCCUACAGCACCGACUCGGAGCAACCUGCUCACGUGUACUUGCUAGACGAUGCAUUAGCGUUAUGGCAAGCUAUGAUCGAGUCAUUGUCGCAGGCCAAUCCUCAAGUUCUGCAGCUCCUAAAUAAUAUGCCCCAGUUACUUGAACUGGGUUCCGAAAAUCUCAUCAUUUGCUGCGAUAUCCUCAAGGCGUACAUAUAUCUUUGCCCGGACGAGUUUCUGGCCAUGUAUGGAUCACGCAUUGUCAAUGUUUUGAUGGAACAAAUCGUCGACAUGCGCCCCGAAGGUGAAAUGAGAGUUAUGUCUGUGAUAGAGAGCAUGCUCGUUAAUCGGCCAGAAACUGCAGCAUCAAUUGUUUCUCCCAUUUUACCAUUCGUGGUUUCGAGCUUAUUGGAUGGGUCUAGCACGGCUUUGAUCAUUACAUCCUUCUUUUCGGCCAUUUCCCGUGUUGUACUUGCUUCUAAAGAAAUUUUCUUCCAAGUGAUCGCAGAAGUUGCUCGAAGGGAGAAGCAAACCCCAGAGUUUGUACUGGACAAAUUUAUGACCUUAUGGAUUGACAAAAUGUCCAGCGUUUUUGCUCUAGAGAAAAAAAAACUCUUGGCCAUUGCUUUGGCUUCCCUCUUAACUUGCCAAUCGGAUAUUAUCUUGGACAAAGUAUGCGGCAUAUUUAUGCGCAUCUGUGAAACUAUCAAUGACAUAUUGCCACCUACGGAUUCCGGCGAAGAAAUCGAUCGAUUGGUAUACGCUCCCGGACAUGUUCAGGCCGACGAAGGUGAAGAAGAAGUUGAUAAUGAACACUUGAAGCGCUACAUUUCUACUCGCCGAUCCGUAGAUCCAGUGUUCACUCUACCACUCCCAACAUACUUUCGAAAUCAGAUUGCCCAGUUGGAAGCGCAAGUGGGCUCAGCCCGCUUCCAAGACAUGACGCAGACAGUCGAUAAUGAAACUUUGGAAAUGAUGCGUAAUUUCCUUAGCCAUCAGCCUCGCAACAACCAAUUGUGAAUUCAGUUUUGUUUGUGUAUUCUUACAUCAUCGAUAUCCUUGCAAACUACUCCCUUCCAUUUUGAAGCUCUUAAUCUAGCUUUUGAGUAACCCAUAAAUAAAUAAACAAAAAGACUAUGUAACAAAACUAUGGGAGAACAAAGGCCAGCUGGAAGAAAAGUUGGCAUUACUGUGCAUUGGUAACUGUUUAGGCCAACCUUAGAUUUUUGUUUAAUCGAUUGUGAGAUCAAGAGCGUAAACCACCUGGGAGACUAAAGCAUUGAAACAGAACGAGUUGAAGCGAUUAUGAGAAUGAAAUUCGUCAUCACUUUGCAACUGGAGUAAGUGCUCCGAAAGAUAGAAAUGAUAGAUCCGUAAAAAGUCAAUGUGUGAAAAAAUUUCUAAGAAAACAAUUGUGUGCGAUAAUACAAAGCCAGCUCCAGGGUUGCAGAUCCCUCUUUUAAUCAAGGAAAUAUUGAUAAUUUAAGUGUCCUUAAAUUAUUUUAACAAAAUGUUUAUUGCAUUUGGUUACUUUCUUGAAUUUAUGUAUUUUUUUCUUAUAGAAAUACCAAGGUUUAUUGUUCCCCCACCCCCCGUCAAGAGCUACGAGAUGGCGCUUGCUUAACCUGUGCGAAAUGUAUUUUUUCCCGAACAAGCAUGGUUCAAGGAGCACGGUUUAACGCCGAUUUGUGGUAAGUUGAUCUCCUGUAUAAAGCCACGUGUACGUAAAAUUUCUGAUGUUGCAUUAUCUGUUAAGAUUGUGAUGGGAAAUUGGCCUAGUUUUUUUUACAGGAAAAGAUUUGUGAGUAUGUAGAAAUAAAUUUUCACCCGACACUGCACUGCAUCAAUGGCUGAAGGAACUAUGGGAAUGGCUGCAGGUAUGUUGGGUUGAAGAUUUGAUGGAUUAACUUUUGAAUGAUGGUGACAUGUGGGACCAGAAGAAAUUGGUAUGGAACUUUCCUACACAGUUUACUCUUAUUGAUUGUAACUUUGAGAUAUGCUAUUCACCUACGUCAUCUGGAAUUAUGUUUGUUAAGGGGGGAGGGGGAGAGAAAGGCAAUCCUAAACAAUAUUAGAGAUCUCUCUUAUCACCUGAUAAAUGUUGAUAAUUUUGGUGAAUUAUAAUAUAAUGGAAUUGAAGGAGAAUGUGACACGAUACGUUGGUUUGGCGUCAGUAGUUGGACCAGUAUGGAAGUUACUUGUUCUUUGUUACCAAUUUACUUGUGGACUGAAAUCAGUAGACAUGAAAGGUGGUAGGCCAUGGAAUGCUGAUGAAUCAUCUGUGAGUGGAAAUUGUUAUAGAGGAUAUGCUGUGGCAAUUGAAAAUACCACCUUGAAAAAAACAUAGAUGAUGGUGUUUGUUGGCAAUGUUUUUAUGGGAGUGUUUUCGAAGAUAGCAUGGAGGGGUUGUUAAUCAUCUUUAUGAACAGUCUAAAGCAGCAUAUGUUUUAUUCUGCACUGGCCUAUCCAAAACAUUUGAUGAAUUGAAAAUUGAUCCCACUCAUCAUCCAAUGGUAGCUAACCAGAAUGGAAAUUGCUUUUUCUAUGUUAUCAACUAGCAGUUGGUUUGUAUUUAUCAUGAAGUACAGUUACUUCGAUAUCUCUUAUAAUUCGAUGAAACAUGAUCUGUUAUGACCAAAUUUGAACGCUGGCCUAGAAUAAAAUAAUAAUUUUCCGGUUA